GACGUCAGAGUGCGAGCGGCAGGGGCGCUGGCGGCGGGUGCGCGACACGCCAGACGCCGAGCGUAGAGCGGGCGGAGAGGACGUGGGUUCUUUCGCCCUGCGUGUCCUUGCUCCCUCGCGGACUUCGGCUCCCCCCGCCCCCGGCUCGCCAAAGCUUCCUUCUUGUGUUGUGCUCAGAAGCCGCAGCCGCCCGCGAUGAGCCACUUGACUCAGAAAGUGCUGGAGCUGAUGAAGUCGAUGUCCCGUGUCACUGGUUUUGAUAGAGUUUUGGAAAAGGUGACUCUUGUCUCUGCUGCCCCUGGGAAAGUGAUUUGUGAAAUGAAAGUAGGAGAGGACCACACCAAUAAAUACGGCACUCUCCACGGUGGUAUGACAGCCACCUUAGUGGAUAGCAUAUCAACAGUGGCUCUGCUGUGCACAGAACGGGGAGCACCAGGAGUCAGUGUGGAUAUGAACAUAACGUACAUGUCACCUGCUAAAGUAGGAGAAGACCUAGUGAUAACAGCACAUAUUCUGAAGCAAGGGAAAACACUGGCAUUUACCUCUGUGGAUCUGAUGAACAAGACCACGGGAGAAUUAGUAGCACAAGGCAGACACACAAAACACCUGGGAAACGGAGCCCAGCGGUUUGACCUAAAGACACCCAGCAAUGAAGACCAAGCGUAAAUUUGACUUGGACAAACAUGACUGUCAAAAUAAAUGAGCACAACCAGAAAUAGUUAUUUUCUUUGGGGAAAAUGACAUAGGAACCAAGUGGGACAUAGGCUGGGACUGUCUCUAUUUUUCGUUUUAAACUUCUUCAGUUUGUUUGUAAUCUUAUAUAGAUACUUGGAUGAAAAAAAUUCUUAGCUGAAAGGGUUUCUGAAAACUUAGCAAGGCCAUUUUGAGAUGAGAUUACUUUAAAACUAAAGUUCAAUAUUAAGCUAUUAGAGAAAUAUAGGAAGCAACGUUAAAUAAAUUUGGAAACAC